CUGAUUCAAAUUUGAACGUGUCCGAUCCAAUCAGACGACAGCUCUAUGGGUGGAGUCUAUGGGCAUUUAAUCAAGUUUGUGCGCCCUGUAACACAGUGACAAAACAGUUUACAACAAGAGUACGUACGUUUUGUCGAGCAGUCGAGGCUGAUUAGAGCGUUAUACAGCCAUGGGUAAGGAUCCUAAUAAGCCCAGAGGAAAGACGUCCUCUUAUGCCUUCUUUGUGCAAACCUGCCGGGAGGAACAUAAAAAGAAGAAUCCAGGAACUGCGGUGAACUUUGCAGAGUUCUCCAAGAAGUGCUCUGAAAGAUGGAAGACCAUGUCCUCUAAGGAGAAGGGCAAAUUUGAGGAAAUGGCCAAAACCGAUAAGGUCCGCUAUGACCGGGAGAUGAAAAAUUAUGUCCCUCCUAAAGGUGCUAAAGGAGGGAAAAAGAAGAAAGACCCAAAUGCUCCUAAGAGACCACCAUCCGCUUUCUUUGUCUUCUGCUCUGACCAUCGCCCGAAGGUGAAAAAUGACAACCCUGGCAUCUCUAUUGGUGACAUUGCAAAGAAGCUUGGGGAAAUGUGGUCCAAGCUUUCACCAAAGGAAAAGUCUCCAUAUGAACAGAAGGCCAUGAAGUUCAAGGAGAAGUAUGAAAAGGACGUUGCUGCAUAUCGUGCCAAAGGAGCAAAAGUAGAUGGUGGCAAGAAGGGUGGACCUGGCCGGCCAGCAGGAAAGAAGGUGGAAGCUGAUGAUGAUGAUGAGGAUGAUGAAGAGGAGGAGGAUGAGGAAGAAGAGGACGAGGAGGAUGAGGAUGAUGAUGACGAUUAAACUAUCAGGAACUUGAGCUGAGUUGUUUGCAAAACAAUGUGAAUGCAUUUUAUAGCAUUUAAAUUUUCAAGACAUGUACAGAAAUGUGUAUAAUUGAAUACAUAUUGAGGUCAUGUGCUGUUUUGUAAAUGUAACAGCUUUUUUUUUUUUCUUUUUUUUUUUUUUUUUAAAGCACUGCUUUUUGUCUGAUAGCUGUGGUUGCUUGGUUUCUUUCCCUGUUUCAUAUUAUUUCUACUGCCAUUUUAAGACAACUGAGGAACAAUUUGUGUAGUGUCUCAAUUUUUAAAAUGAGCUUUAAAAGUUGUGUAGACUGAAUUUUUUUUUUUUUUUAUUAUUAAAUUUUGUAUAUUAUGACCAA